CACACUGGGUCUCAGCAGCAGAACGAACUGACGCUCCCUGUGUCUCUGUCUCAGGCUGAAGUUGAAGAGACUCUGAAGAGGAUCCAGGGUCAGAAAGGAGUUCAGGGAAUCAUCAUCGUCAACUCGGAGGGAAUCCCUGUGAAGACGACGCUGGACAACUCCAGCACGGUGCAGUACGCCGGACUCAUCCACCAGCUGGUGAUGAAGGCCAGGAGCACCGUCAGGGACAUCGACCCCCAGAACGACCUCACCUUCCUGCGGAUCCGCUCAAAGAAGAACGAGAUCAUGAUCGCUCCAGGUAUCCAUCCAUCCAUCCUUCCAUCCAUCCAUGCUGAGCGAGUCUCAUAUAAGGAUUAUUUCUUGAUCGUCAUCCAGAAUCCCUCAGACUGA